CAUUCGGGCUCGUUGACCCGAAUGCAACUUUCACCAAAAACCCAUUUGCAAAAACCCCUUUCCCUCGUCCUUCCAUUUCUCACCGGUGAAGGGUCCUCGCCACCACCGUGUCUGCUACCGCCGGCGUCCACUACUCCGUCUACAGGCGAGUUAGGGGAGAAAAAUGGAGCAAAGGGUAGCUACUUCCUUGAUAAUGACACUAAACGAAAAGAAAUUCAUCGAGAGUGCGUUACUUUCUGAAAUUAGGGUUGAUGGUCGACGUCCUUUUGACUAUAGAACCCUAACUAUCACAUUUGGCAGUGAAGAUGGUUCAUCAGAGGUGCAACUUGGACAAACUCAAGUUAUUGGUUUUGUCACAGCUCAACUAGUUCAACCUUACAGAGACAGACCAAAUGAAGGAUCAUUUUCAAUUUACACCGAGUUUUCACCAAUGGCAGAUCCUUCAUUUGAGACAGGUCGCCCCACUGACAUUGCUAUUGAGCUUGGAAGAAUCAUAGAUCGUGGUUUAAGAAGUUUUCCAUUCAUAAAAACAUGCAGAGAAAGCAGAGCUGUAGAUACAGAAUCACUGUGUGUUAUUUCAGGGAAGCUGGUUUGGUCAAUCCGGAUUGACCUUCACAUUAUAGACAAUGGAGGAAAUCUUGUUGAUGCUGCAAAUAUUGCUGCUUUAGCUGCAUUGUCAACUUUCAGAAGGCCUGAAUGUACUUUUGGAGGAGAAGAUGGUCAACAACUUAUAAUACAUCCACCUGAUGUGAGGGAGCCACUUCCAUUGAUAAUCCACCAUCUUCCAAUUGCAGUAACAUUUGGAUUCAUUGGUAAAGAAAACACUAUGGUGAUUGACCCAACACACUAUGAAGAGGCUGUGAUGGGUGGAUCAAUGACAGCUACACUUAACACAAAUGGUGAUGUUUGUGCUAUUCAGAAAGCUGGAGGUGAGGGGGUCCCACACAGUGUUAUCAUGCAGUGUUUGCGUAUUGCUUCUGUUAAAGCUGCUGAUAUAACAAACAAGAUCAAGAAUUCUGUGGAAUCAUAUAAUACAGAAAGGUCGUUACGAAAAGUCAAACGUCACAAUCCUUCAACAGUUGUGGUUGAAUUUGGUCAACAGGGUUGUGGUGACGUGGCGAAACAUCAUAUGGAAAGAUUAAAUUUGGGUUCGGAUGAAUCUAGUGUAAUUAGUCAUAGUGAUGAUGUGGAACUUGGAAGAAAAUUAAUCGAAAAUGAUAAAAUGGAAAAGAGAAACAUCACUGCGAAACGCUUUGGUGGUGGGACCGCAACUUGGGAUCCAUAUUCAAGAGGUGUUGAUGGCAAUGCAUUGAGAGCUUCUUUAGCUUCUCGUGUAGCUACACCUCCCGAAAUACACAAAGAAGAACCAAAACAAGAAAAGCAAAAUGAGACCCUAUCUUAUCAACAAUCUUUAGUGCAUGAAGUGACAAAAAUUGAAUUACAAACAAAGCAACCAAAGACAUUGAAAGAUGCAGUGAAACCGAGGCACAAGAGGAGAAACAAGUUGAUGGCCAAUUCCUCCCCGAGUUAACAUUGGCUUUGUUUAUACCAAAUUGGCAAAUUAUAUGAUUUUUUUUUUUUUUGUAUUUUGUUUCAACUUUCAGACUUUGUUUGCAUCCAAAAAUGAUAAACUGUUUGUGACUAAAAAAAGGAUAUGAAUGCUGUAGUUUAGGUGA